CCGAUCGUGCCUCCUCGAAUGGAGCUGCAGCCGCAGCCUCGACCGAGAACGAGAAGCUGCUGCUGAGGCGAGGAGAGAUUGGUCGUCGAAAGUGAGAUUAUUUGCACGGCAGUUGGUGUCUCGGGGUGUGCGGACAUGUCGGUGCAAGAGCGGAGCGCUCGCUGAUCCCGGCGAUGCAACUGCGGUGGUGAAUCCGGCGACGCGAGGCCCUAACAAGCUGAAUGACUUCAAGAAGAAUGCCUGAGCUGAGCGGUAGCAGCAUGUCUCACUACGGCAGCCUCCGUCACUCGCACUCGACCCCCCUCACCCCUGGGGGCUCCUCAAUCGGGGGCAUCAGCUCCGACCCUUCGAAAACUCCGCCUGCCACGCCCAAGAAAGGAGGAAAAAUAUUGGCAGUGCGGGUACAAAUGCUCGACGACUCAAUCACUAUGUUCCAAGUUCAGGCAAAAGCUCUGGGCAGGUUGCUUUUUGACCAGGUCUGCAGGCAGCUCAACCUUCUUGAGUCAGAUUAUUUUGGACUUGAGUACACUGACCUCAGCUCAGGCUCCAGGUACUGGCUGGACUUGGAAAAGCCCCUGAGUCGGCAGGUUGGCCUAACUCUUCCUGACAACUUGUUGAGAUUCUGCACAAAGUUCUACACGCCUGAUCCUGCUCAUUUGGAGGAGGAAUUUACCAGAUAUUUGCUGUGCCUGCAAAUCAAGAGGGACUUGGCGCAUGGGCUGCUUCAAUGCAAUGACAACACUGCUGCACUUAUGGCCUCUUACAUUGUGCAAUCUGAAUGCGGCGAUUAUGUCGUGGAGGACUAUCCUGACCACACUUACUUAUCGUCAUACAAAUUUGUGCCACAUCAAGACCCUGAACUAGAGCGGAAAAUUAUGGAGAACCAUAAAAAGCAUGCUGGUCAAAGCCCAGCUGAAGCAGACCUCAAUUUACUUGAAACAGCUAGAAGAUGUGAAUUAUAUGGAGUCAAAAUGCAUCCAGCCAAGGACCAUGAAGGAGUGCCCCUAAAUUUGGCUGUGGCUCACAUGGGAAUUCUGGUCUUUCAAAACUACACGAAAAUCAACACAUUCUCAUGGGCGAAAAUAAGGAAAAUCAGCUUCAAGAGAAAGCGGUUUUUAAUUAAAUUACACCCCGAGGGUUACAAGACUGAGGGUUAUUACAAAGACACUGUGGAAUUUUUCUUCGAGGGUCGAAAUGAGUGCAAGAAUUUUUGGAAAAAGUGUGUUGAGCAUCAUGGCUUCUUUAGAUGUGCCACAAUAAAGCCCCUGCCAAGACAUAAAACAAGGGUCAUAAGUCGAGGCUCAUCGUUCAGGUACAGCGGUCGAACUCAAAAACAAAUUGUUGAGUUUGUUCGAGAGAACUACGUCAAGAGGCAGAACUUUGAACGGUCUGCCAUUCCACCUCGCUCACAGUCAUUCAGGCACUCUCGCUGCGUACACUCAAGUGUGGCAAGCGUUGGAACAAGCAUUUCUGCACAUCCACUUCUGCCUCUAGGGGAUAAUGCUGUUGCUGGUACACCAGCGUCCCUGUCUUGCGGGUCAAUGACUUUGGAAGAUCCCGGUUCACCAGGUGGGCGAUACCCUGGCAGCGCACCUUGCACUUCCCCCGCACACACAAUUGAGCACCACCACCAUCAUCACGCGCACCACCACUCGCACCAAGGCCUUGCAGGAAUCGGAAGACCCACCUCACGUCAGGAUACAAUGAGUCCGCCAACGUCAGCAGCCUCAAGCCCAAGUCCUCCACCAGCAGGCAUGGAUUCAAGCCCAAAAAUGACGGGCAGGCACAACAUCACCCCACCUCCCCCUUAUCAGGUAGCUGCCCCCAGGACUCUGCCACCCCCGUCACCGAAGCCAGUGAUCGUUUCGUCUACUCCUCAUGAUCCGCAUAGAGGAAUAGUCAAACCAGACAUCCACCAGGCUAUGGUUAUACCUACAAAUGGCCAUAUUUCACCUAUCGUUGCUCCUGUUUCUCCAAUGAUUCCUCCAAGCAAUAUCGAAAACAGUUACAUAAGUACGCCAUUGGAUGUUGAUAUCCGCAGAAAGAGAUUCCCUUCAGACCGCGCAUACUUCAUGGCCAAAGAGCUGUUAAUGACUGAAAGAACGUAUAAAAAAGAUUUGGAGAUCAUUGACGUGUGGCUACGAGAAGAGCUGGCCAAAGAGGAACCAACGAGCGAGUUGGAUCCUCUCAAGGCACUAAUUAACCUGGUCGCGCCUCUUCUGCAAUUCCACAACAACUUCCUGAAAGAAGUGGACACCCGGCUUUCUUGUUGGGAGGGCCGAAGUCACAACACUCCGCUGAAAGGCGAACAGCAACGAAUUGGAGACGUUUUAGCAAACAACAUGGAUAUGCUUCCUCUUUACGAAAAUUACAUCGCGAGACACAGAGCAGUCUUGGAGUCGCUGGACAUUGCACUGCGCCAGUCCAGGCGACUUCUCACUCUGCACCGCGACUUUGAAGCUCAGAAAGUUUGCUAUCUACCUCUGACCUCUCUGGCCCUCAAGCCAUUACACAGACUGCUUCAUUACGAUCGUCUUCUAGACAGACUUAUCAAACACUACGGACCACUGCACCCAGAUUAUAAUUCUUGCGUAGAAGCUAAGAAGAGACUGGCACCGAUCAUUCACAAGCUGCCGGCUGAAUUGCGCACAUCAGAAGGCUGGGCCCAACUCAGUGAACUCCGACGCCAUGUUGCUGGCUGUGGAGAACUUCUGCCAGGCCGCCAGCAAUUCCUUCGCCAGGGUUGCCUGAUGAAACUCUCCCGAAAAGGAUUCCAGCAGCGUCUAUUCUUGCUGUUCUCCGAUAUACUGCUGUACUGCAGUAGGAGCGUGCCAACAAACAACACCAACAACCAGCAGGAAUUCAAAGUGCACGGGCAGCUGCCUCUGCGUGGACUGCUUGUUGAGGAGGCGGAAGAGCGUCAGGGUGCGCAGCACUGCAUGACAUUCACAUCAAGGGGCAGGCAAACAAUUGUUGCUGCCAACACGAGCGAAGAAAGAGAUCGAUGGCUUACUGCAGUGCUGGCAGCUAUUCGCGAGGCAGAGGAAUCCAAGGCAUUUAGCCCCGUGCUUUCUUCGUGCAGCUCAUCGGAUGAAGUUUUGCCGGGUGUGGACGAACCGCCGCAGCAAAAAGCGGUCACCCCAGCGCAACGGAGCAAUACAAGCGUGCAUGUUUGCUGGCACAGGGGUGCGAGUUUGGGAUUGGAGGACCAGCUCAGAGCAGUGGAGAAUCAACUGAGUGGGUUCUUGCUAAGGAAAUUCAAGAAUAGCAAUGGCUGGCAAAAGUUGUGGGUUGUCUUCACUAACUUCUGCCUCUUCUUCUACAAGACUUUCCAGGAUGAUGCUCCACUGGCUAGUCUGCCUCUUUUGGGAUACACCAUUUCUCAGCCUGAUGACAAGGAUGGAAUAUCAAAAGACUAUGUCUUCAAAUUGCAGUUCAAAACACACGUCUAUUUCUUCAGGGCUGAGAGUGAGUACACAUUUGGUCGGUGGUUGGAGGUCAUCAGCAGCGCCACGCAACAUUAGUUUAUAUACAUUUAUUUUGAAGAAUUUUGGAGGAAUAACUCACCUGUUGCGACCUUGCACGGCAUUGCUUUUGUAGUCACGGCCUGCAUGUUGUUUAAGGAGACAAUAUUAUUGUAACAAGGGGUGUUACACAUUACAGAAAAAGACAUUUUUUAAAAAAUCAGACACUUGUAAUAAAAACAUUAAUGUUUACAGCUCACCACACAAUCUAAGACAGGGUUUUGCUUAGAGACUGUCAAUUAUUAUAGAGAAACUAUAGAAUUAUCUUUCAAAACCCAACUAGCUCUAUUUCUGUCACAAUUUUGGCUUAUGGUGAGUUUCCUAUCAAAAUCCUCAUUACUUGGAUUUAGCGAAGACCUCAUGUCAGUUGCUUGCAGUUUUUUCUACAAUUACGUAAGCUAUGCAAUAAUGGCAGCCUUGUAUGCAGCAAACCCUGUCAGUAACCUGAACAUAUUGAAUGGCAGCUUCGAUUUGUGUUAAUCUCUUCCCUCACAACUUAUUUGUUGCCAUAUUAAUGUCAAUUUUAAGUCAUUUUCAACGUUAUGUUUACUUUAAUCCUUAAUUAUGUGGAUACUAACGAACUUAUUUCGUGUCAUAUUAUUUUGAAAAUUUUGCAAUAUUUAUUGUGUUAUGUAUCAAUAUUUCUUCACAUUUUAUAUUUCUUGACGUUUUCCUUACAGUUAAGUCUUUUUCUAUGGAGAACUAAAAUCUUAUAAAGCCUUGUCCUUCCAAUAAAUAAUAUUGCUUCAAAUGAAAUAAUUAAAA